UUACAUGUGUUUUCUCUUCUCGUAUUCUAUCCGUUUUAUAUUAUUCGUAUCGUUCGAUAUAGUGUCCAUUUGAAGUCAAUAAUUGAUUAUCUACGACAUGAGUGUUCCUGUUGAUCCGUCUUUGGAGGACAUCGCGUCACCACAAAAAUCCGAUGUAUCUUGCUGUUCGGAUACUAAUUCCAGUUUCUCCAGAAACAGAUAUAAUCUACGUAAUCGUGGCCCCGCUACUUUCUGUUUCAUGGCCGAGCGGGAAUGUCCUAUAUGUUUGUCCGAUGUGUUCGAGAAGCCAGUCGUCGUCAAUUGCGGUCAUACGUUCUGUGGCAAGUGUAUCCGCUUAUCCAUGAUCAAGUUUAAAAACUGUCCCAUUUGUAAUCAGAUACUGAUACGAUCGUUAUUUCUCUGGGAUACUAGCUAUACCAAAAGGUUGACUAGAAAGCGGAGUCCAGUGCGUCCGUAUACCAGAACACAAAUGGAUAUCUCUGUGAAAGCAAAGCAAAUUAAACAGGAAAAGGAUGCAAUUGCUGUUCUUGAACAAGAUAUGUCAGAUCGCAAGGUAUAUACGUCGUGUGUGGCUAGUGGUCCAAAUAAUGAUCCUCAAAGAACACGGCUGUAAAGAUUACAAUUGUUUUUAAAUACAUAGAGAAAAAAAAUAUAA